AUGGCGCCCAUCACCACCGCCUCCAACGAUGAGACGCACGCCGCCCUGCUGGACACGCUCGACAUGUACAAGAUCCACAAGCCCUUCCGCAACCCCAACUGGAAGCCUCCCCAGCGCCGCAACAAAAACCUCAAGCAGAUCCUCUCAGAAGCUCAGCGCGCGCAGCAGAGCAUGCUCAACACGCAGCAGAACUCCGGGGCCAGCACACCCACGCCUGCGACCGACGGCACGAACACUCCCUCACUCAACCCCAACCCGGAGAAGAUGAGCCAAGAUCUGGGGAGGCUGGUAUUGGAGAAGAACGCGAAGCAGAGCAAUGGCAUCUCGACACCGAUGCCAGGAACAGGCUUCACUGGACCGAGUGUCACAUACACCAGUAUAGCAGCUGCACCCAGCCUGAAGCCCAAGAAGAAGUACUGCGAUAUUACAGGUCUGCCUGCGAAGUACAAGGACCCAAAGUCGGGACUCUACUAUUUCAACGCAGAGAUAUAUGCCGUUGUGAAAGGCUUGAGUACAACGCAGGUGCAGGAAUAUCUUGCCGCAAGAGGCGCAAACACCGUACUCAAGUGA